AUGGAUAUUCCUGCGGAAUUUGACCUCCCGCAGGUUCAAACUAUAUUAAAUGCAUUGAAGAACAUCUGUCGUGAUUACCCCGCUGGAGGUUCUGUUCUCAGAGAGCUCUUGCAAAAUGCUGAUGAUGCCCAGGCAUCGGAAGUGAAAUUCUUUCUCGAUGAAAAUAGCUAUGGGAUGGACAAUCUGCAUCCUAAGCUCGCUCAAUACCAGGGUCCAGCUCUAUUAGCUUACAACAAUGCUGAGUUCAAGAAAGAGCAUUUUCAAAGCUUAUCGCAGGUAGGAAAUUCGCUCAAGAUGGAGGACGGUUCGACUACAGGAAAGUUUGGUCGAGGUUUCAAUUCUGUACGUAUGACAUCGGAUCUAGGAUUUCUUUCAACUAACGGCAAGCAGGUUUACAACUGGGCAGAUUCUCCGUCUAUCGUAUCAGGUCAUCGCGUACAAAUACUGGACCCUCAUCAUUCUUGGUCAAGCGGCGGGAACGGCUAUAACUUCGUAGAACACUCUGAAAACCCCAGUCUGAAAGCCCACAUGACUGUUUAUCAAUCACUUAUGAAGGACGCGAAGCAACCUUUUUCUGGCACCAUCAUCCGACUUCCUCUACGCACAGUUGAACAAGCAAAAGAAAGUAGGAUCUCUGAUCGGAAUGUCACGGCUCAUGAGAUGGCGUAUGUGCUAGAGAAGUUUACUGAAGACUUCGGAACAGAAGGUCUCUUAUUCAUGAAACAUGUCGUUAAGAUCAGCGUGAUUUCGGAAAUCACGGGUCUCAUUGAGAUCGAGGUGAUGAAUAAGAAAGCUGUUCAGCUAAACAAGACUAGAGUCAACGAUGCAAUCGUCAGCUUCUUGAAGAAUCCUUCUCAAGACUUCGAUUGUACUUUCGAAAUGAAAUUGAGGUACCAGAACCCUAAGAAAAUAACCAAAACGCGCUUCAUAGUCCAUCAUAGUAUACAAGGAAACUCAAUGACAGAAGAGAUCCUUAAUUGGAGCAUAGCCCAACAAUCCUUGCCCUGGGUCGCAGUGGCCGUUCCCUUGCACGUCGAAAAUAGUCCCGCUAUACGCGGGUCUUUAUUCUUGGUGAUGCCAUUGCACAUUCCCAUCAACCAGCCGGCUCUUAUUCAUGGCUUGUUCAGCAUCUCACCAGAUCGAGCCCGAUUGUAUAAAUCUCAGGAUCAUAGCUCGCAGGAUCAGUUACCUGCACAAUGGAAUCAGUACCUAUUCAAUAGCUCAAUUUCACAUGCUUGGACUAGGUUGCUUAGCUACCUUGCUUUAUCUUUCCCACCGGAUCCAUCAUUCAAGUAUUGGCCUUAUAAAUCCGAGGAUCCCGACAAUUUGUCUAAGGAUGUGCUUGCUAAAGUGCUCACGUUGAUUAAGAAUCAACGUCUGCCUGUUUGGCAUACUGUGAAUGGUUAUAUCAGUGCCGGUGCCGGACUUUUGGCGACGGGAAAAGAGUCGGAAUCACUAAAGCUGACAUUGGCAGACGCGCGAAUUCCAAUUGUCUACAUCCCAGAUAGGCUGAGAGAGGAAGUCAAGAAUCUCUUCUUGGAUCUUAAGCUUGGACCUCAGACUCUGUGCAACUAUCUGCGCGGCAAGAAUAACUUGGUCAUUUCCUGGCCACAAGCAACAAGACAACAGAUCCUAGAAUAUAUCCUCCCUGUUCUAGGCUCAUCAGACCAUGGGAAAGGCUUAGCAUUGUUUCCAUUCGAAGAUGGCUUAUGCCGUUCAAUCGAUGACCAUCUUGCUUUUGUACACCGCGAUGAGUUUGAAGCAGACUUGAACACUUUACAAGAUCGUCUAAGAGCCUCACAGUUUCACCCUCACAUCCGCCAUCGUUCUGCCAGCGAUCUCAGGAAGUACGCCAUGGCAUACUUUUUCGAUAAGCUUGACGUUGAUGCCGACAUGGUUGCUUUGGAUUCCGGUCAAACAUCCUUUGUCAAUAAGUCUUGGACUUGGAUACAUAGAUGUUCAGAUAUUUUGAAUGACAGUAUUGCUACUCUAUGUUGCUGGGCAAUCAUACCACCGCCUGGAUCACUCGGCGAUACUGUUCAAAUGCUUGCAGAAGAUGAUAGAGCUCAAAGCGCGCCGGUGAUUCUCACGGGCUUAGACAGAAGUCUUUUAGCAACAUUGAAAACUGUUAAGGCAGGCGCAACCCUGCAAGUUCGCAACGGUGAGAAGUUUCAUUUCUUAUUGCAAUGGCUCGCUCAGUCCCAUCUUGCAGUUGGAAAAGCAUCCGAUGAAAAUAAAUUUAUCAUCAUUGAACAUAUCGCAAAAGCUAUUGGAGGGCAACUUGAUCCGAAAUACACAAAUGAUAACCUGCUCAAUCUGAAGAAACUUCCAAUUUUUCGAGGAUUGACGUGCGGAAGUGAUGGUGAUCUUUGUUACCCAUGGGUACGUAUAGAGACCUUCAAGUCUGCAAUUGGGGUCAUCGACGGAAUCAUUCCUCUUCCUACCUUUAAGGAUUACCGAUUCUUAGAUGCGCAGGACAUAGCCAUCCAAAAAAUCCUUCUUUAUCAGAAACUAUGUGUGCGUAGAAAGAUCGAGGUCUUGCAAGAUCAUAUUAUUCCAGCUUGGAAGGGACUUCAAAAGUGCACUUGGUCACCAUCGUCCGAGGCGCAAACUGCAGAAUUGAUGCUCCAGUGUUACUAUGAUCUGUCUCCACAAGCACAAGCAGCUAUGAUUAGCUUACCAAUAGUACCGACUCAGUCUAUUAGUGGGAAUCUAACCGGCAAAUUCGCGACCGCUUCUGUUCUGAUAGAUCCCGAAAAUAGCUGGCUGAAGAGCGUGUUCUUCAGUGACGAGGAAGUGCUACCUACUGAUGAUCAAUAUGCGCGAUAUGGUUCAAUUUUCAAGAAAUUCGGAUUGAGAGCUAAAGUUGACGAGUUGUUUGUCUAUGAGCGAGUCGGAAAAUUUUUGAACAGUACUCUUCCUAAAGAAGAAGUUCACAGUCGUGCUGAAAACUUGUUGAAGACUUCUUGCUCCUGGUCUUCGUCAGAAGCAACGGCGACAAAAUACCAGCAAUUCCUGAAACGCAAGUGGCUACCAGCUAUUUUACCCGAUGGAAGUAUUGAAAUGGUAAGCCCGAGCGAAUGCCGCGAUGUUCAGGACCGUUUGCGUGCAGGAUACAGGCUUCCUAUCUUCCCUUUCACUGUAUCUUACCGUUGGGCCGAGUUCCUUGGAUGGAACAAAAUCUUACCUGACGAUAUCUUACUUGCCCAGCUUGAUCACGGUGUCAUCAAAGAUGACGGGGCUGUUGUCAAUGCUGUCCUUAUUUAUCUGAGAGAUAAUUUCCGAACUGAUACAGUUUCGGAAUCAUUGAAACGUCGUCGAUGCGUUCUCACAGACAACGGUGUAUUCGUUACUGCUUCCAAAGCAUUCUUUUCUGGUUGCACUCUGCUCAGUCCUUUCCUGGGAAAUGUCGAUAUUGGAUUCGCAAAAAUGCACGAAGAUGUCUUGAAAGCUAUGAGUGUCAGAUCGAGGCCAGGAGUACAAGACGUUCUCGAUGUUCAAGCUCAAAUUGAGCGGUCUGGUCAUCCUUAUAAAGAAUCCGACACCGAAAUUCUCUUAGAAACGAUCAAAAUGGCCAGCAAAUACUCUAGAAAAUCUCUGGGGGGCUUGAAAAUACUGGAUCAAGAUAGUAUCCUGUAUCCGGUUGAGGAUAUAGCUUACAAUGAUAUGCCGCUGCAGUCUGACAGGAUUGUCGAUAAAGUCAGAUUUACCAAUUCGAGAAUCUCUGAACAAACAGUAAAUAACUUGUUUAUAGAGAAACUAAGUGAGAGAUUGAGGAAAGGAGAACUGCAACUCGCUGACGAUGAUGAUGAUGACGAGGACUUUCAGCAGUGCGAGGCUAUAACGACCAGCAUAUCCACUACCCUUGACCGCUACCCUAUCGAAAGUACUUUCAAGGAGUACCUAGCAAACGCGGAUGAUUCCAAAGCAUUAGCAGUCCACUGGAUGUUGGAUCCUAGGCACCAUCCAACUGAAAAUCUUCUUACUCCAGAGAUGAAAGGUCUUCAAGGGCCAGCUCUACUGGUUCAUAAUGAUGCAGUAUUUCAGGAUAGCGACUUCAAAGGUUUCAAGAACGUUGGCGUUGGCAGCAAACGAGAAGACAGAUCAACCAUUGGCAUGUUUGGCCGAGGCAGCCAGACCAUGUACCAUUUUACGGACAAUCCAGUCUUGCUUUCUGGAGAUUACUUGUUGAUCCUGGAUCCGUUGCAGGCAUGCCUCCCUUUGAACAGAAAUUGGCAGGCACGAAAGCCAAGAGUGAAGAUUUUGCUAUCUAAGCUCAAGCAAGUUCACCCAAAUCAACUGGCUCCGUUCCAGGACUUAUGGGGCUACGAUAGUGAUUCUAAUCAUUAUGAUGGCACAAUUUUUCGUUUCCCUUUGAGAAAACAUGUUUCACCUCUAAGGGCAAAGCAAGAGCCCCCAUCCGUUGAUUCAGUCCGAUUGCUCUUGAAUAAAUAUUUUCAAGAAGCUCGAAUUUCCCUGCUUUUCUUGAAAGGAGUUCGAGUGGUUAGUUUCAAGGGACCUGAGGCGAAGGAACUAUUUUGGUCGGUGAAGAUGAAGAAAAGAAAAUCCACAUCUGACUACACAAUUUGUUCUGCAAAGCAGAUGCUUGGCUCGGACAUUAUCGCAACUGAAGAUAAGUGGUGGGUCUAUUCAAUGAUUGAGGAGACACCUAGCGGUGAACACCAAUCUAGACUUAGAAAGAAUGUAGAGUACGGCAUCGCAGCAUUGGUACGAUCAGAAAAUCAACAGGACACAAAAACUCUUGAUCUACCGACGCCGAAGUUGUUUAGCACUCUCCCUCUACCCGAGGCAUCAAAUUUACCAGUGCACAUACACGCUACAUUCUCUCUCUCCGGAGAUAGGAAUACUCUCAUUGCCGGAGGCGAAUCAUCUGAGGCCGAGGGUUCAAAAUGGAACUCGUGGUUAUUGGAAGAAAAAUUGGCAUACGCUUACUUCACGUUUCUAGAAGGUUUGGCCCGGAAGAUUGGCCCAGAUGCGUUCCAAUUUUGGCCAAGAAGAUAUCCAACAAACGGAGGUCUCUUAGAACUAUUAUUCUUCGAUCUCCUGCAGCCACAGUUUUCUAAGCAAAUUGCUCCAGUAUUAGAACAGCUGGUGCCGAAUUUAUCACCAAAUUUCCCUGCUCACAUAUCCAUCGGUAUCAAAUCGAUAGAUGUUGCUAAGUCCAUGGACCGUUCUAGUUUACGUGAGCUCUUCAAGUCGGAGAAGGCUAGUGAUUGUCUUCAGAAGAUGAUGGCUGACGAUCCUCUUUUGAUCGGGAAUGUCCUACGUGAGCUCAUUCCAGUGGGAGACGUUUCUCCGGAGGAAUUAGCAAAAUUAGACGGAUGCAGACUGUUACCUCUCGCGGACGGAACACUGGGACAAUUAACGCGGAUUCGAUCACCCAUGCCUCUGAACAUUCGAUAUUACUACACCAUCACGAAGUUAGAGGUGAAAAUUUUUGACUUCGCCAGAAGUAUUGUAAUAUUUCCAGAAAAAAUUGACCCUUACGACCGCAUAGGCGAAAUUGUUAGAAGCAAGAAGUUUAAUGUCACGAAUCUGACAACUUCCCACGUUCCGGAGCUUCUAUCCAUGAAAUCUAAAGGAUCUAGAGUUGUAAAUGAAGAGACAGAUAAUUGGCUGGAACUCUUCUGGGAUUACUGGAAUAAGUUUUCCUCAUUUGGUGUGGAAGAUUUGUCCCAAAAGUCUAAAACAUUUUGUUCUCUGCCGUUAUUCAAAGCAAAGUGCGACGGUGUCUGGGGAUACUAUACCAUGUCGGAGCUGGCAAAUCUGCCAACUAUCAUUGAAAUAUCGAAGAUGGAACACGAGCAGUUGUGUAGUUGUAUUCCUGGUCUCUACAUGAUCAGACCAGACCUUAUGCCCAAAUCAAUUGCUCAUGCCGAGAAGUCACUGGACGAUCACAAAGCUUUAGGAAGAUUCAUUAAUGCUUUGAGUAUACUGGCUCCAGAUGAAACCGCAAUUCUGCUUCGAGAACUCAUUAUACCCUAUGUAACGACAGGUCAUAAGACUACCAUUGAGUACUUGAAGCUCUUGCCAAUCUGGCCUGCGUACUUGCCGUCGAGCUCGGAGCAUAAGUUUAUCGCAGCCUCAUCCGCCAAGUAUACAAAGCAACCUCAGCUUUUGGCACCUUGGAACAAGAAACUUACGAAUUUUAUCAAUUUCGAGGCCAUAGACUAUCCCAGAGCCGAAAAAUGUCUAGAAAUGCUGUCGGUUACUUCGGUUACUGCUGAAAGCUUGAUUCAAAAGUUCGAGUCGAAGGACUUUCCAUCAACUUUACAGACAAUGAAUGAGACGGUCUAUACUCAAUUCAUCAGCACUUUAAUUGGAAUCGUGUCUAAGGCGAAGCAGGAUUCCUCUCUUGUUGAGACAUUGUCAUCCUUAACACUUGCGGCAGAUAGAAAUGGUAAAAUGCACUCAGCCCAUGAGUUGUUUGAUCACGACGAUGAGAUUUUCAAGGCGGCAUUUCAAGAUAAAAAUAGCUAUUUUCUUCAUGACUUUGUAAAAGUAAAAGAAUUCGACACUCUGUGGUACAAAAUUGGCCUGCGUCGACGAGAAAUCAAUGGCUGCUUCAAGAUUCAAGACUACAUGGAGUGCUUACGAGCUCUAGAAGUUUUAAUCAAAUCUACUGACUACGGAGUACUCAUAGAUCCAACUUCCGCCACGCAUUUAUUCAAUCACCACGAUUGGAACGCACUUGCACGCAGAACGAUUUUUGUGGUCCGAAAAGAUAAUUCUCGCGAACCAUCUUAUCGACGAGAGAACAUGGACAGAGUUUCAGAGUGCAGUACAGCGAUCCCAUUAUCCGAAGUUGUUCUGUACAAACAUGUGGCAGUCUGUUGGAGCAACACACAAUUCGUGGUCCUGGAACCAACUGCAGAGAUUUUGAGCAAGGUGCCAAAACAUGGAGAACCAUUUAUGAUUGAGGUCUGGAAGCAUCUUGAGCACAUGGUGGAGAUAUCAAAGAAGAUUUCACGCGCAGACAUCCCAAAUUUUCUAUCCGACCUUUUUGAAAUAUAUGACUAUCUUCAAAACAACCUUGUGCGCAGCAAAGAAUACUUCAGGGUAUAUGCUCGCAGCUUAAACCGAUCUGAUCUCUGGCUCAACUUGGACAUUUCAGAUCCUAUGUAUGUCACCAUUGAAGACUUACAGUCUUCAUGGAAGCCUCUUCAGCACCUCUUGCUCAUUAGCUCCACUGAUGCACCACCGUUAGAGUGUAUUCGACUAAGUUUGAGUCCAUAUGAAAAAUUGCUGAAGGAACUUGGCUGCAAGUCCAUUCAUCACCCCACCGUCGAGUUGCCCGCAUCUCAGUCUGCGCAAUCACUGAUUAGCAGUCUUCGCGGCCACCGCAAAGAAAAGCAGAUGAUAGAUAUCGUUUUUGUCGCCGAGAAUAUCCGCUUUCACGCACAUAGAGUUGUUCUAGCAUGCGCAUCUGGCUACUGUACUGCCAGUUUCUCCGGUCGCUGGCGUAAAGAUGAGGAGAUACUUUUGGACUUGAUGACGGCUCACACUCUUGGCAUUCUCAUUGACACAGCUUAUGAAGAACCAAUUAAUUGGGCGGAGAUGACUGUUGACCCAGUGUCUCCUCAAGACGCCGACGCUAAUGACCAUAAACUAGAUCUACUACUGGAUUUACAUAAAGGUGCAGAUUAUUGGCAGAUGCUCGCACUGGCGAACCAAGUCGAGAGAAAGAUAUUGGAGCAGUUCAGAAUGUUUAUCAGAUUGGAUAAUGUGAGAGAAUAUCAGGAUAUGGCUGCAGAUUCUAAUGCUUCGGUCUUCGAAAGAGCAUGCAGGAAAUUUUGUGAGGAGAAUGGAGCGGCUUUAAAGGGAUGGGAGGAGGCUGCUGCGCUACAAGCUGGGUCUACGGAGGCGAGGGAAACUUCCCUAAAGGAUAUAUAA